AGCAGCAGUAGCAGCACAACAAUUUGACAGCAAUCAACAGCGGCAACAGAAUGGACACCGACGAUGUGGAAUCAAAUACCAGCAGCGCCAUGUCCACGUUGGGCUCACUCUUCUCGUUCACAUCGCCGGCGGUAAAGAAGCUGCUGGGUUGGAAGCAAGGCGACGAGGAGGAGAAAUGGGCGGAGAAGGCCGUCGACAGUCUAGUGAAGAAGCUGAAGAACGGAAGGGAGCUAUCGAGGAGCUAGAGCGGGCUCUGUCAUGUCCAGGACAACCCUCGAAAUGUGUAACCAUUCCGCGCUCACUUGACGGACGAUUACAGGUCUCUCAUCGCAAAGGAUUACCGCAUGUCAUCUACUGCCGCGUUUGGCGCUGGCCUGACCUGCAGU